AUGACCUCCGCUGCGGCAAGCUUGAUGUCACGGGGCCAGGGCGACAGGGUUCUCAUAAAUACCAAAACUCCUAUAUUAACGAAACCCCUGAGGAAUGACGACAAGACACAGCUUCCUCGCGGUUUCCUAAACCAUGUCGAUAUUAUUGGGAAAACACCCAGAGAUCCUAUCAAGUCAAAAAAAGGUGCGGUGUAUAGGGCAACCCAUCCUACGUUCGAAGACUACAUAGUACGAACUCCACGUCUUGUAACGCCUAUCUACCCUGCGGAUGCCAACCUAAUAGUGUCUCUCUUAGACAUCCAUGUCGCACCACCGGCUCCGGGAGAAAGGCCAAAAGAGCCGCUGGAAAUACUUGAAGCGGGAACAGGUCACGGAUCAUUGACAUUACACCUAGCCCGGGCUAUUAACGCUGCAAACUCAUGUCCACCAACGCGACCGCCUUGUUCACAGCGAAAAAUACUCGAACUACCGGAAACCAAAAAGAAGCCUGUUGAGGAGAAGAAGGUGGUGGAGAAAGAGGAUCGCGAAGCUCAAGCUGAGAUUGAAGGGCUCCAACGCGAAUGGGAUGGAUGGCGUGCGCAACGUAAUGCCAUAGUCCACACCGUAGAAAUAUCCCCACACUACUCCCAACAUGCAGAGAACAUCGUCCGCGGAUUUCGCCGCGGUAUCUAUGUAGGAAAUGUUGACUUCUACGUUUCCAGCGUUGAGAAAUGGAUCAAGGAGCAAGUGACACGUCGUUCGACGAAUGAACGGUCGCCGGACCCUUUCUUGUCUCAUGUCAUUCUAGACAUGCCCUCUGCACACCUGCGGAUCCCGCAUGUCGCCCCGACCAUGAGAGAUGAUGCGGUCCUGGCUGUUUUUAUGCCGAGUAUAACGCAGCUUGGGGACUGUGUGGAUCUUAUUUCGAAACAGAAACUGCCGCUUAUUCAGGAAAAAGUCGUGGAGCUAGGUACUGGCAUUAGCAGUGGGAGGCUCUGGGAGCUCCGGAUGGCGACGAAACGGAGUUCCAAUGACACUCUAAGUCAAGAAGCCAUUGCAGAAGAAAUGUCCGAUGAGACGUCUGAGGGUGCUACUGAUACGGAAGCAGAGGAUUCCACCAGUCUGUCAAAGAGAGAGAAGACGAAUGGAGAUGAGGUACUUGUCUGCAGACCCCAAGUGGGGGCGAGGAUUGCAGGUGGCGGAUUUGUAGGGAUAUGGAGGAAAAAGAAAGCCUAGGUAGAGCUCGGUUGAUCUCAAUGAUAUAUAGAUUAAUAUAGAUUAGGUUCGCCCGAAAGAUCAUACAUUGCAGGUGAGCGAUGGAAAUAUACUACAUGAGAGACAAUCCCUGGCAAAUGUUCAUUCCCUACUCUGGGAAACCCUGCUUCCCCUUAUAAUUUCGCCCUGGACGCGUUGGGUCUCGCAGGACCCUCACACCGUUUGAAAAUCCACUCAGCAACGUCUUUCGCCAGAGACUCCUUGACUCCAUCUGGCUCACCAUGGAGCUUAUGAUAGGCACCCUCAUAAGAUUUGAAUGUCUUAUCAUCAGACUCUAAUCUCUCUACAAAACGCUUGCUGGCCUCGUAACUGUUAAUCUCAUCCGCUGAGCCAUGGCAUACCCAGAUAGGUAGCUUGUAUUUGCAGUUCUUCCCAGCCUGCUCGCUUUCCAACCACAAUGCCCGAUCCAUCAUUCCAGCGAUCCCUUCCAAUGUCCCCGUAUCGUGACAGAGAGGAUCUCGCCUCCACUCCUCACAAAUGCGCUUGUCUCUUGACAUCAAAUAUUCAUUAAGAGGUGUUACAAGCUGGAAACUUGGCAUGAUCUUUGACGCCACUCUACCCAGGAAGACCGUAAGGUUCCACGGUCGUGUGCUGGGAUGAAGCGAAAUAAGAGGUGAAUAUGCUAAGACUCCAGCAAUGGGGGGUAGAUCCAGAGACGAGUUAAGCGCAUAGUAGAGAACCUCUGCACCACCUUUACUGUGUCCCAUCAUAAACACAGGGGUCCCUGAAUGUGAGGCAUCGUGAGCCGACACGGUUGUCGAUUUUAUGGACUCGAAGAUGCU